AUGGCCGAUGAGACGACGGAGAAGGAGAAACUGCCAAAGUGCGAACACGUGGAUCCUUAUGAGAAGUAUGUCGUUCAUUUUGACGUUAUAACAAUAUCCUAUUCAAAUAAAUUUUCAGUCUUGAAGGAUGGCUGGCGUUGGGAAGUGUCGAGGAGCGGAAGUGUAAUCACACGACGGUUAAGGAGGAUUUGACCGAAACGGUGAGCGUUUUUUGUGGUGAAAAGUGCGAAAAGUUUCUGAAAUUCUCUGUGCAGCACUGAAGCACGUGAAAAGUAGGGCUACCGGCUUAGCCGUUAACUCUUAGAACUACAGUACUUCGCAAAGAGGCUGUAUGUAAAGUUUUAUUCUUAAAAAGUGGAGUACCAGGCAUGAAGACUUCAGAAAAAACAACAAACAAACAAAAGUAUGCAUUUCAGGAGAACAAGAAGCACGAGUGGGGAGUCAAAAGUUUCGCGUUUGAUGGACUGGCUUCAGAAAAGUUGGGACCGCUCAGAAAGGUCGGAAAGAAAGCGCAUCAACUGUAAGAAUUGCUCCAUCUGCCCACAAAUUCUCUCUUUUUCUCUUUCAGUUGUGAAGAAGAGAAAUACGACGCCACAUUCUCCACAUCGGUCAUUGUGAUCCAUCACAACGAGGCGCUCUCGACGCUUCUCCGAAUGAUCAACGGACUCAUCGAGUUCACCCCUUCCUCGCUGCUCAAACAGAUUGUGCUCUACGAAGACGCAUCCGAUGAGGACCACGUGCUCACCGAGCACUUGAAAAAGUUCGCGAAGCUGAAGGGAUUGGAGGAUAAGCUGGUGAUCGAGAGGAGCGAGUACAGACAAGGACUCAUUCGGGCCAAGGUCCACGCCUCCCGUCUGGCCACCUCAGAAGUCAUCGUUUUCAUGGAUUCGCAUUGCGAAGUUGCUGAACGAUGGCUCGAACCGCUUCUCCAGCCGAUAAAAGAGAAUCCAAAGAGGUACCGCGCGCUUUUUAGCUAUUCUCGAAGACAUUGAACUUUUACAGUAUCGUUCUGCCAGUCGUGGACCUGAUCAACCCGUCUUCCUUCGAUUAUUCGCCAUCAAUGGUGGCGAAGAGUGGAUUCGAUUGGGGACUCACGUUCAAAUGGAUCUACCUGCCAUGGGAGUACUUUGAGACGCCGGAGAACAAUGUCAAACCAUUCGAGUAAGCGCUUUGAUAUAAUACAAUUCCCAGUCGGUUCCAUUUUUCAGUUCACCAGCCAUGCCAGGAGGUCUUUUGGCGAUCAGAAGAGAAUAUUUCGUCGAACUGGGCGAAUACGAUAUGGGAAUGGAGAUCUGGGGAUCCGAGAACAUUGAGCUCUCGCUCAAGGCGUGGCUCUGCGGCGGUCGCGUCGUGGUGGCUCCGUGCUCGCGCGUCGGCCACGUCUUUAGAAUGCGCCGCCCGUACACGUCGAAGCCCGGCAUGGACACUGCCCUUUACAACGCCGUCAGAGUCGCGAAGACGUGGCUCGGAGCCUAUGAGGUAUGGGUGGUUCCAGAUUAACUGAAUAUCGGGUUUCUCUCCAGAAGAACUUCUUCGCCGCAAAGCCACGUGGCACCAAGAUCGUUUUCGGCGACAUCAGCGAGAGUAUCAAAGUGCGCGAUCGGCUGAAAUGCAAGGAUAUGAAGUGGUUCAUUGAGAAUGUGUAUCCGGAACUUGAGCCAAAAGUUCACGAUGAACUCUAA